GGGAAACGUUUCCAGGCAACCCCGCGACGCGAGGAGGAGGAGUCUGACGCUACUUCCGCCCGGCUCGCUGUCCGUUUGCGUCAUAUCUCUGCGCCGCCGCCCUGUGGCUCGAGCCGGGAGGGCGGCGCCGCUUGGUCUCGUGACGCCCAUGGCGGUGGCUGCGCCGCGGCUCCGCCCGUGGCAGUUGCCGGAACUGGCUGGGCGGGGGGAGCGCUCGUGAGCGCCCAGCGCUUCCGGCCGCCGCGCGGAGCCCGGGGCUGCCCGCAGUUUGCAGAAAGAAGAAAGAUGGAAAGUAAUGCAGUGUUGCUAGAAUCAAAGUCCUCGCCGAUAAACCUUCUUAACGAAAUGCAUCAGCUGCGUCUUCUGGGCCAUCUUUGUGACGUGACCGUUAGCGUGGAGUAUCAAGGUGUCAGGGGAGAGUUUGUUGCUCACAAAGCUGUAUUGGCAGCAACAAGCAAGUUCUUCAAGGAGGUGUUUCUUAAUGAGAAGAGCAUGGAUAGCCCAAGGUCAAACGUGUUCUUGAAUGAGGUCCAGGUAGCUGAUUUUGCUUCAUUUCUUGAGUUUGUGUAUACUGCCAAGGUAGAAGUGGAGGAAGACCGUGUGCAACGUAUGCUGGAAAUAGCUGAAAAGCUUAAGUGUUUGGACCUGUCUGAAACCUGUUUUCAGCUGAAGAAGCAAAUGCUUGAAUCAGUGUUGCUGGAGUUGCAAAAUUUCUCUGAAUCACAGGAUGCUGAGGAGAACAGUGGUAUCCAAUCAAAUGCUUUACUUGAAUUGAAGACAACUGUUGUGUCAGAAGGUGACCAUGCAGACUGUCCUCCUGAUUCUCCCAGUUCCCGCAUGGAAAGACCCAGCAAUGGAGUUUCUCCCGAGAGGCCAACUGCCAAAUCAAAGGAGAAGGUCGACAAGAAAAAAGAAACCAUGAAGCCUCCCUAUGCCAAAAUAAGAAGAGCCAGUGGGAGGCUGGCUGGGAGGAAAGUAUUUGUAGAAAUCCCCAAGAAGAAGUACACAAGGCGGUUGAGAGAGCAACAGAAGAAUGCAGAGGAUGCUACUGAAGAGAACAAGUUCCCGAAAGACCAAAUCAUGCAUGAUGUGGAGAAGGAAGAGGGGCAAGUGGAGAACAGCAUGAAGCCUGAGAAUGAAGAGUGCAAUGGCAACUUUGAAUUAGAAGACAACUUUAAAAAAUCAGAGGAGGAUAAGAAGAAACGAGGCAGCAACUUCAAAUGCAGCACCUGCAAGAAGGAAUUCCUGUAUGAGAAGAGCUUCCUCAAGCACAUAAAGCACAGUCACGGCAUUGCAGCUGAAAUCAUUUACCGGUGCGAAACCUGCAGUCAGACCUUUGCCAACCGGUGCAAUUUAAAAAGCCACCAACGCCAUGUCCACACCAGUGAGCGCCACUUCCCUUGUGAACUCUGUGGUAAGAAGUUCAAGAGGAAGAAGGACGUCAAGAGGCACAUUCUUCAGGUUCAUGAGGGUGGUGGGGAGCGUCAUCAGUGCCAACAGUGUGGAAAGGGUUUGAGCUCCAAAACUGCCUUGAGGCUUCAUGAAAGGACGCAUACAGGCGACAAGCCUUAUGGGUGCACAGAGUGUGAGGCUAAAUUUUCUCAGCCUUCUGCACUUAAAACACACAUGAGAAUCCACACUGGUGAAAAACCAUUUGUCUGUGAUGAAUGUGGUGCAAGAUUCACACAGAAUCACAUGCUUAUAUAUCAUAAAAGGUGUCACACAGGGGAAAGGCCUUUUAUGUGUGAAACAUGUGGGAAGAGCUUUGCCUCGAAGGAGUACUUGAAACACCAUAAUAGAAUACAUACCGGAUCCAAGCCGUUUAAAUGUGAAGUUUGCUUCAGAACAUUUGCACAGAGGAAUUCGCUUUACCAGCAUAUUAAAGUUCACACAGGUGAACGGCCCUAUUGUUGUGAUCAGUGUGGUAAGCAGUUCACACAGCUCAACGCAUUGCAGCGCCAUCAUCGAAUACACACGGGGGAGAAACCGUUCAUGUGCAAUGCGUGUGGGCGAACGUUCACGGAUAAAUCGACCUUGCGGCGGCACACUUCAAUACAUGAUAAGAAUACACCCUGGAAGUCUUUCCUGGUUAUUGUUGAAGGAGUGUCUAAGAACGAUGAAGGUCACAAGACAGAGCUUCCUGAUGAAGAGUAUCACAUGUCACCUAAAAUAACAGAGAAGUUGCUGUCUUUUUCUGAAAAUGGCCACUAUCAAAACUUGACUGCUGUCCCAGGGAGUGUGACUGCACUGCAUGACAACAGCUCUACCAUAGUGACAGACUGCAAAUCGGAUGGGACUGUGGGACCCCAAGAAGCCCUCAUAGCUACCACCUUAAGUGAGCUUACAGUACUACAUACACAGACAGAUGCUCUUCAGCCGCAGCUCCAUGCUCUGGUGAAUAUGGAAUAAUUUGGUAUUGUUCACCAACCCAGCCUAACUUCUGACUUUGCCAGUAACCUAGUGAUGUAAUUAGGAGAAAGCAUAGACCCAAAAGGAAGAGGGACUAGUCGUGGAUGACGUUCAUGGCAUUUAUCUCCUCCUCACCCUUAAAACACCAAUCAGUAAUCUUCAAUUUGCAUAGUCUAGCUGUAGCUCCUUUUCCCAGCUGAUAGCUAUUAUUCUAGUUCAUUCGUUUCUUGAUUUUUCUGUACCCUUUGUUAUGAAAGUGUGAAAUAGUACAAUCACUUCAGAGAGCAGUUAACCUCAAGCAGAGCAUAUGAAGACCUGCCAUUGUUUUAAUCUCUGGAAAUUGGUCCACGCAGUCUUCUCUUCGCUACCCUUCCUGCAAAGGUGUGGUAAGCCCUUCUUCCUUUUGUUUGGAUGGCUUGAGUGCAGCUCCCUUAGAAAGGAGGGUGCGGGUUUUUUUGUUUUGUUUCCAAUUCGAUUCCACAACGUGUGUGAACAAAACAUAAAUAUUGUGGUGUUUCUGGCCUAACAGUCAAUGGAAUUAAAUAUACUUUCCUAGUAAAAGUUCAUAUGUAGAAAAUAAAAUUCUGUUAAAUUUCAUUUCAGGAAGUGUUUUAAUCUUGGUUUUGCCAAAGCUUCAAGCAGAAUCAUUUUAGUAUAUGGAAAAACUAAUGGGAGCAAGCUUGGGAAAUGUAUGGAGUUACAUUCCAAUAGUUCCUGUUUUUCCAUAGCAAAAAUAUGGAACUUGUAGCCUGCGGGUUUGGGUGCUGGAAGCAAAUUGCGCUGUUCUAAAAUAGCUCAUACACUGUUACGGAACUCGCUCCAAUAAGAAGUGUCAGUUGUGAAUUAGCAGGAUCACUAAUCUAGUGAUUAAAAUAACUCACUAAAUUUGCACUCUUAAGCUCUGAUCUUGCAACUGGCUCUACUGGUGCAUAUCCCUGUUGACUAAUGUGGUUCCAUGUGAGCCCAGGGGUCUCUCCUGAUGGAUUCAUUUGUGGAAUAGGGGCUUUGGGGUACAGGUGAUAAGUGGGAUACAUUAAGGCCAUUCAAGUAGUUUCAGGCCCCAAAUUUUACUUUAGAAAAGGCUUAUUGAAAUAACCACAUAGAUGUUUUUCUUUACAAGUUCUGUAAAAACUUUUCAAAGAGUCAUUGUUGGAAAUGCAACCACUGCAGCUUUGGGCUAGUGCCUGGAAGUGCCCAAGCUGAGGCAAAUGCCAAAAAUAAAUGACAUCAGUGCUGACAUUUAUAUUUUUAAAGCUUUUGUUUUCCUGGUUAGAAUGGUAUUUAGUAUCUGAGGUGAGAGAUUUAACAGGAAGAUAUUGACAAUGUGCCUUUUUUAAGUGUCAAGGAAGGUAGUGCUUGCUCCAAAAUCCAUUAAGGCAGUAGGAGUCUUCCCUUUGCUCCAAAAGCCCACUGAAAUCAGGCUUUGUGGGUUGAAUUCUGCAAGCUAUGCUCCCAAUCAUCUGAUUGUCAGUGGCACUCCUCAAGGGUGUUGAGUGUUAACCUGGUAAGAGAUUGCAGGAUCAGACCUUUCUGUGGAACCCACCAUCUACAAAAAUCUGGUCAAAUUCAGGGUGUUAGUUUUCGUCCUAAUCCUUUGUUUUUACAAUGAGACUAUCUUACAGGUAGUAAAGGGAACACAAGUGGGAUGGCUCAGUACAACCAGUUUCUUUCCAUUGCAAGGGGUUUCACUUUCCAAGUUAGUUUAUUCUUAGUGAGAGAAAAUGUAUACAUUAAUGUUCAGUUUUUUCUUUAUUUUGUGAGGAAAUGACAUGUGUUUGGUGGGUUUAACUGAGCAGAGGCUGAUUAGGUCCGUGAAGAAGGCCUGAGCCUGUUCCCACGGAUUUUAAGUGGAGCAGAAUUAGCCCUAUGGUUAACAGCAUUUUAAGAUGAUGCUUUCAACAAUUAAACAUCUUAAUCCCACUUGCCUUUUUUACAACUCAAAGAGGCAAACCAGUGGGCUAGAAAAGGCACAAACCAUUUUAGAUCAGUACAAUUUUGUGCUUUUGUGAGCAUUUGUUAGGAGCAAGAUACUUUUUCAUCAACUUGACCGAGCAAUUAACUGUUCCAAAUCGGGCCAGAUCUUCAGCUAUGUCAGUUUAUAGCAGCUGAGGACCUGCCCUUCUGAUUUUUGCAGAUAUUAAAUUUUUUGGUGAAGGUUUCUUAAAGUAGAAUAUUUUUUUAAGAACCAGUUUGAGAAAAGCUUGCUGAAAGUUAAGCACAAUCCAUCAUUAUGGCCCACUCCUGAAAGACUUACUGGUAGGCAAAGCAAUAAAAAUAACCAAACUGUGGACCAGAGUUUUGGGGUUUUUUUGAACCUUAAAGGAGCUUCUGAUGUUACCUUUGAACCCUAGCUUAAUCCAGAAAAAGGGUUUAAAAAAAUAGCUUUCCAGAAGGUUAUAUUUGACAUAUUUAUUCAAACAUUGUGUUCCUUUUGAGUGUUGAAGUUCAAAUGAUUCCUAAUGACCAAUGUACAGUGUUUGUAGAUAUAUUUAAAUCCUGAGUAUUAGUACCUGUAGACAGGGGAAAAUUUUGUAUUCCAUGAAUGUAUGGAAGUGAGUAACCUGUACGAACUAUUAAAUCCUAUUAAAAUAUUGAACUAGU